UGACGGCGUUGUGUGUGUUCCUAAUGAACAAAGCAUUUGUGUUAGAGAGAGCGCCAAUAGAAUAGAAUUGUGGCGGGCGUCUUGUGUUUCGAACGGUGGCAGAGAAGACGGUCCAAUAGUCAACAGGUGACGUAAAACGUUCUAUCGAAUAGCAGACGAGCGCGUUCGAGACGCCCAAUCAGCGCAGGGCGGCGUUAUGGCUUAAAAAGGCCGCGUUCGAGCGCGCCGUUUAUUCUGUUUUUCUAUCCGUGAAAUACAGAGCUCGACGCUAUGGCAAGAACCAAGCAGACCGCCCGUAAGUCCACCGGUGGCAAAGCGCCAAGGAAGCAGCUCGCCACUAAGGCUGCCCGCAAGAGCGCGCCGGCUACCGGCGGCGUGAAGAAGCCUCACCGUUACAGGCCUGGCACCGUGGCUCUGAGGGAGAUCCGCCGUUAUCAGAAGUCUACUGAGCUGCUCAUCCGCAAGCUGCCCUUCCAGCGCCUGGUGAGAGAAAUCGCUCAGGAUUUCAAGACCGACUUGCGUUUCCAGAGUUCGGCCGUCAUGGCCCUGCAGGAGGCGAGCGAGGCAUACCUGGUCGGUCUGUUCGAGGACACCAACCUGUGCGCUAUCCACGCCAAGAGAGUGACCAUCAUGCCCAAGGAUAUUCAGCUGGCCCGCCGUAUUCGCGGAGAACGCGCUUAAACUACAAAUCCGUCUAAUAGACACAAAGGCUCUUUUAAGAGCCACUUCAUCGUCUCAGAAAACAGCAAAUUUUCUUUCUUGGGCAGUUUAAGUAUUAGAACGUGGUACAGAGGGAGAAGGAACAGUAAUAAUUAUGUAUGUGUGUGUGUAAAUGAAGUACACGGCUUUCUAUAUCUAUCAACAUUAGAAAAAGUCAUCCACCAGUAUUGAAGGCCAUCUCAGUGCCAGGGAGGGCCUCCAGCCGUCUCUACUGGCAUUAGGAAGGAUCAAGGGCAGGAUUGACAAAUUCUACGUGGUAGUGGAUAAGCACCUCAUCCCUUGCACAGGAACCAGCUCCUUGAGUGCUAUAGAUGAACUCUUCAAAGUCCACUAUGUGUUCAAACUGUCAUAUGAGGAAGCCCUUGUCAACAUCUUUACCUUCCUGCAGACUACGAUCUACAACAUUGAUGUUGGUCUUACCAGUCAGUCUCCCAGAGUAAAGGAAUUGCGUGCAAAGCUUUUGCACUAGGUUAAAUGUUAGUGUUUCUGUUGUCAAAGUCUGCAUGCAAAGCCACGAGAGUCACGCACAGUUUCUAUCCUUCGUUAAAGUUUAAGUUAUUAUGUGCACAGCGUGGCUGUAGCCGACAGUAUGUGACUUGGGUGAACUUGUAAAAGCCCGGAGUUUGAAGUUCUACAUGCCUUUUGAUCUACAGGGUCCAAAUGGGUCAGAUGAAUAUAUUCACUAUGAGGUGAAUAUAUUGCACCUCAAUUCAUGCUGGUUUGUUACAUCUAAGAUACUGUGUUGAAAAUAAAAGUUCAACCUUAUACAGCAACUGAUGUGUUAGCUGUUCUUUUAUUGACGAGUACACACAUUUUAAAGGUCUGCAUUUUUAGGCAGACAGGGUGUAGAUCACAUUUAAUUACACUAGUGUUGAAAAUAACUCAAUCAGGUUGAGCUAUUGACACAUUUACUGUAGAUUCAACACUUUCUUAGUGUAAAUGGAGCCUGUGAGGAGUAAAAAAACUACACCAAUGGUGCUAACAGUGAACACUUACAGUGCUUGUUCAACACUAUGAGAGUGUAGAAAAAAAAACAAUACUGAAAGUGUAAAUUGAACUCUAUUUAGUGUGGACCUAUAUAAACUCUUGAUAAGUGUUAAUUUUAACACUGUGAGUGUAAAAAUAACACUUUAAAAUUUGCUGUGUACAAUCAGAAAUGAUUGGGAAAAGGGUAAAGGUGGAGGGGUAGCAACUUUUGUAAGAAAUGAUGUGAGAUAUAAUCUAAUCAAUAAAGGGAAAGAACACGAAUCUGUGGUAGUCAAAAUACGGACAGGAAAAGACAGUAUAACGAUAUUCAACUUUUACAAUCCCCGUAAUAGACAGAGCACUGAUACUCCAAAUGCAGUAUGUGGGUUGACGUGAGGGAAAUUAGUACGGUGUGGGGAUUUUAACACACACACACACACACAGCACAAUACAGGGGAGUAAGAAUACAGAUAUAAAUGAAUCAGUGAUCGAGGAAUUUAUACACGAUAAAAAUUUGGUAUGUGUUAAUGACGGGAAGGACACGUGGUAUUGUAGUUCACAUAAUGCAGAAAGCGCUAUCGAUCUGACAAUAACGUCAACUGAAAUUGCAGGAAUCAACACCCGGGAGGGUUUAGACCAUUCGACAGUAGGUAGCGAGAACGCCAAGGUGGAAGUUAGAGAAAGCCGACCAGCAGAUGUUCCAAACGUAGAGCGAAAUGAAACGUGUGGGAUUAGCGAAUAAGGAUAUAACAGAUGUCGAAGAAACGAACGGAAAAGUGACCACGGCCAUUAUACGACCAGAUGAAGAAACAAUGCCAAAAAAGAUAGGAAGUAAACGAAGAAAGAGCGUGCCACGGUGGGAUGAGAGCUGUACUGUAGCAAUUAAAAAGAGAAAUAAAGCUUUUAGGAAACUCGAAGCUCACCGUACACUGGAAACUUUGAUUAACUAUAAAAUGGCGCAAGCAGUAGGUAAGAAAACAAUCAGAUCAGCCAAACGUGUAUAUUGGAGACAAUUCUGCAGUAAAAUUGGAAGAGAAACCCAGCUAUCAGACAUAUGGAGAACAAUUAGGAAAAUGAGUGGAAUAAGAAACAAUGUGUAAAUACCAGUGUUAAAUAGCAACAAUAAAAAUGCAAUCAGCAAUGCAGAAAAAAAACAGAACUUUUGGUAAAAACUUUUGUGAAGCUCCACAGUACUGAAAACCUAUCCUCAACAGCCAAGCAGUGUAGAGAUCAGACACUUGCCCAAAAUCCAGUGAUAGUAGAAAGAAGGACUUGCCAUUUACUCUAUUUGAGUUCAAAAGAGUUAUAUCAAACGCACGGCAAACGACAUCAGGGAAGUACAGUACAUGCUAUAGCAUGUUAGGCCACAUGAGAGACAUCACGCUUGAUGUAUUAUUAAGACUGUUCAAUAUGGUAUGGAAUACAGGAAAAAUCCCACUAACACGGAAACGGUUCCAAUACUCAAACCCGGCAAAUACAGUCAGAUCCGUCAAGUUACAGACCCACAGUGUUAACGUCACAGGGAAAACUACAGAGAGGAUGAUAACAGAUAGAUUAGAUCACUAUAUAGAAAGUAAAAUUCUUCUCUCACCGUAUCAGUCAGGAUUUCGUAAAGGGAGGGGGAGAAUGGUAGAAUCCAUUUUAUGCCUAGAGCCAGAAGUUAGGAAAGCUCGAACUAACAAAGAAAGUGUCAUCUCUGUAUUUUUCAAUGUCGAAAAGAUGUAUGAUACCCUUGGGAAGGAUGGACUUCUUAUUAAACUUGACGAAUUAGGAAUAAACGGAAAGAUAUAUAUAAUUGGGUAUUAGACUUCCUGAACAGAAGGCCAAUAGAAGUUAGAGUAGGUGCAGAGUACUCAAAUAGAUAUGCAGUGGAAAAUUUUACCCCACAAGGCAGUGUAUGUAGCCCAAUACUGUAUAAUAUUAUGAUUAAAGACAUUUGAUCAGGUCGGAGAAAAUAUAGGUAAGUCGCUUUAUGCAGCUGACGAGGUUAGGGGUCGGGAUAUAGAAUAUGUAAGAAAGAAAAUGCAACACGCAAUAGGGAAAGUAGAACAGUGGGCAAAUGAAUAGGGUUUUAAACUAUCAAUUUCAAAAUCACAAGGUAUAUGUUUUUCUAAACGUCAUAAAACAGCACCAUUGAAACUGUACAGGCAAGAUCUUGAACAGGUCAAGGCUGUGUGAUUUUUAGGAGAGCUUUUUGAUGAGAAGUUUACCUGGUGUCAGCAUACUGAUAAAAUUAAGAACAAAUGUAAAAAGAUGAAUAAUGUUCUGAGACCGGGGAGCAAGUAGGGCAUCGCUCAUAAAUAUCUAUCAGGCUCUUACAAGAGUUGUCUUUGAUUACGGUCGCCUAAUGUAUCUUAAAAAUCUUAAAAAGCUUGACGUGGAACAGGCGCAAGAACUCUGGAUCUGUACUAGAGCAUUUAAAUCAUCACCAGUGACUGCGUUACAGGUCGAGACAGGAGAGAUGCUGUGAUUUAUAUUGGAUAAAUCUAUGAGGGCAUAGCAGGGUGUACCCCAAGAAUGCUCAGAGUUUUAUAGGACUAACUUCUUUAAGAGUUUGGGAUGGGUAAGAAAUGUAAAGGCACAAAAUGCAGGCCUCAGCCAGCUACAAGAAAGCCCCAUUGAGGUGAACUGUACCACCCUGGAAAUUCAUACAACCAUCUGUAGAUACAAGAUUACAACAAAUAUUAAAAGAGGAAUCUAAAAUAGCACCACAGUGGAUAAUACUUCAAAAAUAUAUGGACCAUUAUCAGGAUAAAUGACUUGUAUAUACAGAUGGCUCAAGACUGGCCACACCGGUGUGGCUUUGUUCAUUCCUCGUGAAGUAGCAGUCAAAAAAAGAGCGACCGAUCAUUUAUCAGCGUACACCGUAGAACUAUCAGGAGUCCUAUUGUCACUGCAGCGGUCGGAAAAAAAUAAUCAGAACUAAGAUGUCGCUAUAGCUUCUGACAGUCUAUCUGCACUAUCAAAUAUACAGUCUGGGAAAACAUCAUGUAGACAAGACAUUGGUUAACAAAUAUAUUAUCUGCUUCUCAUACUCCAUGGUAGGGAGCUGAAUGUUUCCUUCUUUUGGGUUCCUGCACAUGUAGGGGUGGAAGAAAAUGAAACUGUGGAUGUACUGGCAAAAAGAUUGAUAAAGCAUGAAACAGUUGAUAUACAAGUACCAUUAAGUAGAGCAGAUGUUAAAACCAUUAUAAAGAGACACAUAAAAUACGGCAGGAAUACUGGGACAUAUGUAUGAGGCAAAGCAGGAACCCAAAGGAAGAGAUGAUAAUUAUGUGUCUUAGAAUAGUUCAUGCUGGCUUAAAUCUAACAUUACACAGAAUAGGAAAACACCCCACUGGACUCUGCACACACUGCAAUACACAAGAGACGGUAAAACACAUUCUGUUAGACUGCAAAAGAUAUCAGGAGGAGAGAACUGAGCUAGAGAUGUGAAUUGGAAUGCAAAACAUGACACUAAAGAACUUGCUGGGGAAAAAACAUCUGGGAAAAUGCACUGUCCCCUAAUAAACUAUCUAAAAAAUACUGGGAUAAGUGAAAGACUGUAGUAAUUUAGUAUGAACAUCUAGUAUUCAGGAACUCAGAACUCAGGUGCAGGUUUUCAUUCUGACCAAGCAGAAGCCACACCCGAGUCUAUUGAAAGUCAAGAUCGACCGAUUUAACAGGUGGAGUCGGGUGUGACUCCUGCUCAGUUUGUGGAUUAGAUCGGACAAAACCGAUUGAGCUUAGGCUAGCAAAUCAGUCUUAAUGAAGUUUUCAUAAGGUUCAAGCCUUAAUGACCUACCAGCACAAUAGUUAAAAUCAGAUAUUGGGGGAAAAUUAUUAGUUCUCAAAGCAUAUAGUUAAAAGAAAUAAAAGCAAAGGCUCAAAACUGUUUGUCCAAAAAAAGUUUGUUGUAUCACAAAUUCAGUAGUUUGGAGAAAAUGGGAGAGCUUGUGGCAGAUAAGGCAAAUGUUUGUCGGCUUUAGAAAAAAGCAACAUAAGUGCAGGAGUCAAACCCCCAUUUCAUAAGAACAAGCUAAAAUCCCACACAUUAAUCAUAUAGACAAAAUUUUAGCU